UUCAAGCACCUGUAACAUAUUUUUAGUAAAACAAAAUAAAAAUGUAAAAUCUAAAGUUUCGUAUUUCAGAGAUGGAGCCCUAAGUUCAAAGAAGAAGAAAAUCAAAGGAAAAUAGUAAUGUGUUGAAGGAGAAAGUGAAGUAGGAGAGCAAUUCCUUCAAUCAUUGAACUCUAGGGUUUACUUAACAGUCAAUCAAUCUUUGCAGUUACUACGACCAUGGUGCAAUCCUUCUUGAUACGUUGGAAUGGGGAGAUGGUAUACACUCGGUGUGGACUGGAUUAUGAUAAUGGGUGCGAAGGUGUUGCUCCAUUGUGUACUGAAAGGACUAUUGGGGAAUUACAUAGCAUAAUUAAAAGGAGAAUCGGAUUGGGAUCAGAAUUUGAAAUAACGAGGAUUACAUCACGAUACCCAAUUUUUAAUAACCACCAUCAAAUAAUUAUCUACCGUCCCUUUACAGUGAAGACUGACGAGGAUGUGAACAGAAUAAUUUGCUAUGCUGCAAAGGUUCCAGAAAUUCUCUACCUCGAGUUGUAUGUAGAGUACAAUAGGAUGACUGUUCCUCGCAACUAUAUAUCAGAGAGAGGUGAAGAAUCACUUCUGCCCCCUACUUUUGUCGACGGGAAGGAUCUUUUUCGGGUUCCUGCCUCAACUAAAUUCACAUGGAAAAUUGACAACUUUUCCGAAUCGACUAAAAGGAAACUACAGUCGGACAUUUUCAUUGCUGGAAGAUGUAAAUGGUAUUUGCUUAUAUAUCCCAAUAGAAGUUAUGCUGAUAUGUUGUCGAUUUACAUAGCCAAUCCUGACUCAAUGAGUUUGCCAAAUGGUUGGAGCAGAGAUGCAGAUAUUAGCCUGUCAAUAAUUAAUCAAUCCAAUAACAUGACUAAAGUUAAAAAAGGUACACAUUUAUUCAAUGCAAAAGCCGUCUUUUGGGAUACCCCUUCUCCUCUUCCUAUAAUACGUAAUCCCGCUGCAUGGUAUAUAGUGAAUGAUACACUUACAGUUGAAGCUGAGAUUCAAGUCCAUAGUGUUGUGCAUUAUUCUGUAAUCACACCUGAAAAGAAAGUCAACAAAGAUGAACCGAAACUGCCCAAGCGAGCAGUUGAAACAUCAGUAGAUCAAGUUCCCCUGAAUAAUUAUAGCAAAAAAUUAAAAAAAUGCAUUUCAAAUGCGAAAAAUAUACCCCAGAAGGAAGUACUUGAAACUGAAGCGACGGUUGAACCAGGAACUGCUAUUGUAACUCCUUUAACUGCUAAACCACUGAGUCAGACUGAAGGAGCAGUUCAAACCGGAGCUACCACUAACGAACAAAAUAUUGUGAAGGAAUCACUUCUGCCUCCUACUAUUGUCGACGAAAAGGAUGUUUCUCAGGAUCCUCCUUCUGUGCCUGUAUUAUCCUCCCCUGAUGCGCAGAAAAUUUCUAAGGAUCUUCUGACUGAAAUUUCAAGUCGGACAAGGACUCAAGAAUCUCUUCCUAGCAGUGAAAUUCCAGUUUUAAGCGAAGCAACUAGGACUGACUUCGUAUGUCAACAAAAGGAAGCACUGGACGGCUUUCUCAAUACGUCAUUAGAGGCUAUACAACAAGCUGGUGCCUUUGGAAAUAUCGAUAAGAUUAUCCUUGUACUCAUUCAGCAUGCUAACAGUUUACAGGAGAAGACAAUUCUUGAAGAUCUAGCUUCUCGCUUGGCAGAAUUUCAAGAGAGCGUCCCAAAAUUUACAACCAUUGCAGAAACUCUGCAAGCUCGCAAAACAUUUCUUGCAGGGAAAACUGUAGAUCUUAAUGCAAGAUUGGAGCAAAGACAAAAGGAACUAACUUCCUUGGAAGACAAAUUCUCAAGGCUUUCGGAAGAAGAAGCAAAACUCCAUGCUGAAAUUCAGCGCUUAACGACACAAAAGGAGGAGCUUCUUUCCCAGAAGCAAUCUGCUGCAAUUGAAAUGCAGAAAGCCAAUGAAAGAGCAUCGAGAGAACUUGAAGAAUGGAGAGGCUUAGAAGGGGAAAUCAAGCAGUCCAAUGCCGAAAGGCUUGAAGCCAAAGAGAAAUUGGCAUUAGCUAACGUGCGUUGGAAACACUACAUAGAGGAUUUUGCAGAGACCAUGAAGACCAUAAAGAAAGAAGAGGCCUAGACGGGUGAAUCAAGCAGUUUAGUGCCGAAUGGCUCAGACACAAAAAGAAACUAACUUUAGCUAAUAGGCGUGGGAAACUCUACAGUAAGGAUCUUGGUUUUCGAAAGCUUAAUAUUUUGUAAAGACUUAUUUGAAACAUGUAGUUUAUCAAAGUGAACUUAUGCAAAAACAUUAUUAAUUAAGCAAUUAAUUGAAUUAGUUCAUUUUUCUUUUC